GAAUGGAUCAAUGAUUUGGUGGAAAAGGCAAAGAAAUUGAAAGUAAACGCCGGACACAUACCGAACACCGAUUUGGGACCCGUUAUCUCUCCCGAAGCCAAACAACGGAUUCUGUCUCUCGUCGAAAGCGGUGUCAAAGAAGGCGCUAAACUAGUGCUCGACGGACGCGGCUGUAAAGUUGCCGGAUAUGAAUCGGGAAACUUUGUCGGACCAACUAUUCUGACUGAUGUCAAGCCGCACAUGAAGUGCUAUACGGAAGAAAUCUUUGGACCCGUUCUGGUGAUACUUACCGUCGAUACGUUAGACGAAGCCAUUGAACUCAUUAAUGCCAAUCCUUACGGUAACGGAACGGCAAUCUUCACGACCAAUGGCGCGAUUGCUCGCAAGUUUACACACGAGGCAGAUGUGGGUCAAGUCGGUAUCAAUGUUCCCAUCCCUGUGCCGCUCCCAAUGUUUUCAUUCACUGGCAGCCGGGGCUCAUUCCGAGGCGACUAUAAUUUCUAUGGAAAAGCGGGUAUUAACUUUUUUACACAACUGAAAACUGUCACUCAGUUGUGGUCACCCGAACACCACUCGUCCGGAGCGACAACUAAUUUCCCGGUUAUGAAGUAAUCACUUGUAUUGCGAGCUUUGGAUUCAAAUGGAGUUUACAAUUGAAAUCUCAAUAAUUAUA